CGCGUGGUCCUCCCAGGUGUCCGGCCUGGGGUGGGCGGAUGUGCCCGAGGGGCGUGGACCCGGCCAAGGCACGCCCCGGCCGCGCUUAAGUAGGAACAGGCCAGGGCUAAGGAGGAGGGAGGGGGAGAGCCCCGGCUGCUGCGGACCCGGCUAGACCUAGAGCUAGACGCCCCCGCGCGCAACCCGGCCCCACGCUAGCUCCCGACCGCGCCAUGCGGGGCCGAAGCGUGGUCCUGUGGCUCUUCCUCGCUCUGCGCACAGUGCUCAGCGGGAUGGAAGUGCGGUGGUGCACCACCUCAGACCCAGAGCAGCAGAAAUGCAGUGACAUGAGCAAAGCCUUCCAAGAGGCCGGGAUCCAGCCACCCAUCGUGUGUACCCAGGGCACCUCAGUGGACCACUGCAUCCAGCUCAUUGCGGCCCGGGAGGCUGACGCCAUCACCUUGGAUGGAGGAGCCAUUUAUGAGGCAGGGAAGGAGCACGGCCUGAAGCCUGUGGUGGGCGAAGUAUAUGAUCAAGAGGUCGGUACCUCCUAUUACGCUGUCGCUGUGGUCAAGAGGGGCUCCCACGUGACCAUCAACACCUUGAGAGGUGUGAAGUCUUGUCACACGGGCAUCAACAGGACGGUGGGCUGGAACGUGCCGGUGGGCUACCUGGUGGAGAGCGGUCGCCUGUCUGUCAUGGGUUGUGACGUGCUCAAGGCUGUCAGCGACUAUUUUGGGGGUAGCUGUGUGCCCGGGGCAGGAGAAACGAGCUACUCGGAGUCCCUCUGUCGCCUGUGCCGGGGCAACGCUGCUGGGGAGGGGGUGUGUGACAAGAGCCACCUGGAGAGAUACUACGACUACAGCGGGGCCUUCCGGUGCCUGGCAGAAGGGGCUGGGGAUGUGGCCUUCGUGAAACACAGCACGGUGCUGGAGAACACGGAUGGGAAAACUCUUCCCUCCUGGGGCCAGGCACUGCUGUCCCGGGACUUUGAGCUGCUGUGCCGGGAUGGCAGCCGAGCUGAUGUCACCGAGUGGAGGCGAUGUCACCUGGCCCGGGUACCUGCUCAUGCCGUGGUCAUCCGGGCGGAUGCAGACGGGAGCCUCAUGUUCCGGCUGCUCAAUGAAGGCCAGCGUCUCUUCAACCAUGAGAGCAGCAGCUUCCAGAUGUUCAGCUCCAAGGCCUAUGGCCGGAAGGAUCUGCUCUUCAAAGACUCCACCUCCGAGCUGGUGCCCAUCGCCACACAGACCUAUGAGGCCUGGCUGGGCCAGGAGUACCUGCACGCCAUGAAGGGCCUCCUCUGUGACCCCAACCGGCUGCCUCAUUAUCUGCGCUGGUGUGUGCUGUCCACUCCCGAGAUCCAGAAGUGUGGAGACAUGGCUGUGGCCUUCAGCCGGCAGAGGCUCAAGCCAGAGAUCCAGUGUGUGUCGGCCGAGUCUCCCCAGCACUGCAUGGAAUGGAUCCAGAAUGGGCAAAUCGAUGCAGUGACCCUGAAGGGCGAAGACAUCUACACAGCAGGAAAGAAACACGGCCUAGUCCCAGCGGCGGGGGAGCACUAUGCCCCGGAGGACAGUAGCAACUCCUACUUCGUGGUGGCUGUGGUAAAGCGGAACAGCUCCUACGCCUUCACCCUGGACGAGCUCCGAGGCAAACGCUCCUGCCACUCUGCGUUCCACAGCCCCGCGGGCUGGGACAUCCCCGUGGGCGCCCUGGUGCAGAGGGGCUUCAUCCGGCCCAAGGACUGUGACGUCCUCACAGCUGUGAGCGAGUUCUUCAGCGCCAGCUGUGUGCCUGUGAACAACGCCAAGAAUUACCCAUCCCCACUGUGCGCGCUCUGUGUGGGGGAUGAGCAGGGCCGAAACAAGUGCGUGGGCAACAGCCAGGAGAGGUACUACGGCUACAGCGGCGCCUUCAGGUGCCUGGCUGAGAAUGCAGGGGACGUCGCCUUUGUCAAGCACACGACUGUCUUCGAAAACACAAAUGGCCAUAAUUCUGAGCCCUGGGCUGCCCAGCUAAGGUCAGAGGACUAUGAGCUGCUGUGUCCCAAUGGGGCCCGGGCCGAGGUGUCCCAGUUUGCAGCCUGCAAUCUGGCACAGAUGCCAUCCCACGCCGUCAUGGUCCGGCCGGACACCAACAUCUUCACUGUGUAUGGACUGCUGGACAAGGCCCAGGACCUGUUUGGAGAUGACCACAAUAAGAAUGGCUUCAAAAUGUUCGACUCCUCCAACUAUCAUGGCCAAGACCUGCUUUUCAGGAUGCCACAAUCCGGCCGGGCGGUGUUUCGGGCCUGUGUGGGGAGGAAAACACCUACCGGGGGACUGGCUGGGCACCAAGCCUACGUGGCGGCUCUGGAAGGCUUGCUGUCCCAGCAGUGCUCAGGCGCAGCGGCCCCGGCCCCGACCCCUGGGCUGUCCCUGCUGCUGCCGGCGCUGCUCCUGCUGGGCCUCCCGGCCGCCCUCCUACAGCCCGCCCUCUGAAGCAGCCCCGGGCAAGCCCGGCCCUCCCUCGGAAUGGAAACCUACUCUGAAAUGUCUAUAAAUAAGCUGUUCUCCCCGCUUCUGGGGCCGCGGGGGAUGGGAGAGGAAGGGUGAGAAACCCUGGAGCGCCCCGGAGCUGCGAUGCCGGCACCGGCACCGGGAGAAGCUGCUGUGAUUGCUUCAAACCGGAAUAAAAGCGAAUGUGAAAGGAAGGGGCCCCCGCCUGCAGCAGAGUUGGAUGCGAGCAGGGCUCCCGCGUGAAGCGGCCCCCGCCUCCCCGGCACCACCUGGCCCGCGGCUACCUGAGGCGCCCGCUGGCCGGCCUCCCAGUCACGCCGCACCCACGGGCUGGCGGGCUCCCACCACCCCGCCUCUCCAGGCUGCGGAUUGGAAAAGGCCAGUUACCAAGGAAACAGGCUGAGCCCGGCUUCCCACACGGCCCCCUCUGCCAGGCCGGCCCUGCCGCGCGCUGGGGGGGGGGGGGGGGGGCUCCCACUCGCCCUGCGGGCAGUGCACAGGCCCCGAGGACCUCCGUGAGCCCCGCUCUGUCUGGGUUCUAACGCCCGCCCACGGUCUCCCUCCUCAGGUCUCUGGGUCUGUCCCUGGAGGCAUCCGCUGUAUCAGGCUCCACCAGGCCUGCCCAGGAGGUGAAGCUGCUGGAACACAGACAGCCCUUUGUCUUCAGUGGCUUGGCCUGGCCCAGACCACGGGACACCUGAUGGGCCUGGGCUGGAGCACAGGGGCCCAGGAGCACAGGGUGAAAUCCCUAAGGGCUCCUCGGACACAGGAAAUGGCUCCUGCGACUUCCUCGUGUCCUCAGCUACCCUGAGUUUCCAUCUCAAGAUGUGUGUCCCCUCUUCCUCCUCCCAUGUGACACCCACGGCUGCCCCCCCCCCCACAUGUAGCACAGCAGUGAUCUCCAGACAAGUGCUCAGCCUUGAGGACUGCCGAGAGCUGCAGGCCAGGAGCAGCAGGCGGCCCAGGCCUCCCGGGCCACCCAAGCCCUCUGAGGAGGCAGGAACGGGCUGUGCCAAGGCCCAGGUUAGGCGCCGGCAGGGAGCCCCACCACCUCAGGGGUGAGCAGGAGGUGGUCUCAGCCUGCUCCAGCUCAGGACACAGCAAGGGUCCUUCUGUCUCCUCUCCGAGCCUCAGAGGGUCUUCUCUACUCCAUUUUUGCCAUGGUUGUCAGGGGAGCCAGAAAAGUUUCCAGAACUGCCAGCUCUUCCUCUGAAUUUUGCUCCCUGAGGAAAGAAAAAAGAGGAGAAACGAGCAAGCCACCCUCUCAAGACUGGGAGCCGCGUGGGUCUGGAGCUAUUUGCGGCUGGAUCUGCGGGGGCCUUGGGGACGCCGAUGACAGGCUGGUUCCUGGUGCUUCGCCCACAGCCGUGGGGGCGGAUCCUUUCCAUCUCCCAGCCGCCAAGCCCCUGGCAGUAUCCUGGCCACAGUCCUGCCAUCCCAAGGUGCCCUAGUCACCGUGCUGGGGAAGCAGCCAGGGAGGACACCGCCAAGCCUUGUACCCUCUCCCCUGAGGGCACUGAGUGAUUCUCCGACCUGAUGAUUGUUUGAUUUUUUUUCUUUUUUUGUUUAAAGAUUGUGCAGUAAGAGUGUAUUUGUUUGGCUAUGCUGCACUGGGGUGACAGCAGGAACCAUAAGCCACGGAAAGUGUGACCUGUGUGAACGCUAGGUGUGUGUCGUUGGGUUUUUAGAGGACAGCAGCAUGGUGUCAGUGCUAAGAAAAGAUGUUGCUCUGGUUUUUUUUAAUAAAGCGAAACAACGAGUACCUGUUGAAGC